AUGUCGGGAGUAACAGCACCAGCCGCCGCACAGAAGACGGCCGGCGGGAACAACGCCUACCAUAACUUCCACAACGACUUUGUCCACAUCUCGGAUCCCAAUGAACGUCGUCGUCUUGCGCUCGCCGAGAUCGACAAGGCCCCAUUCGGCUGGUACCAUGUCAGAGCCUGUGUUGUUGCCGGUGUCGGUUUCUUCACUGAUUCCUACGACAUCUUCGCUGUCAGCUUGUUGAACAUAAUGCUGGGAAUCGUAUACUUCCAGAGCAGCAAAGGCAAGCUGCCGACCUCGUCCGACAACGCCAUCAAGCUCGCGACCUCUGCCGGAACCGUCAUAGGACAGCUGGGCUUCGGGUACCUCGCUGACCACGUCGGACGAAAGAAGAUGUAUGGUCUUGAACUUAUUGUCAUCAUUUUUGCUACUCUUGGCCAGGCCCUCACCUCUGGCUCGCCCUCCGUCAACGUCAUUGGUCUCAUCAUCUUCUGGCGCGUCCUACUUGGCGUAGGUAUUGGAGGAGAUUACCCGCUGUCCAGUAUCAUCACGUCCGAGUUUGCGACUACCAGAUGGCGAGGCGCGAUGAUGGGCGCCGUGUUCGCCAUGCAGGGUAUCGGCCAGCUCGUAUGCGCGUUCAUCAUGCUAUUCGUCACACUCGGCUUCAAGCAGGCUCUCUCGGCAUCCCCCAGCAUCGAUCAUUGCGACGGUUACUGCUCGAUUGCCGUCGACAAGAUGUGGAGGACUCUGAUCGGGUUCGGUGCCGUCCCGGCUUGCAUUGCGCUAUACUACCGCCUGACGAUUCCCGAGACACCUCGAUACACCUUCGAUAUCGCCCGUGACGUCGAAAAGGCCGCUGACGACGUCAACGCCUACAUGUCUGGCAAGCACGAGGGUCAGCCCGACGAUAUCGCCCGUAUCCAGGCUCGCACUGCUGCUCAGGCACAGAUAACUGUGCCCAAGGCAAGCUGGAGUGAUUUCUUCCAUCAUUAUGGGCAGCGCAAGAAUGCACUGCUUCUACUUGGUACCGCCGGCUCGUGGUUCUGCCUCGACGUUGCUUUCUAUGGACUGUCCCUGAACAACGCCUCGAUCCUCGAAACCAUCGGAUACUCCACCAAGGGGGCCACAAGCACCUACGAGUACCUUUACAACACCGCUAUUGGCAACCUGAUCAUUGUCCUAGCCGGCGCCGUCCCGGGCUACUGGGUAUCAGUCGCGACGCUCGACACGCUGGGCCGCAAGACCAUCCAGAUGGGCGGCUUUAUCAUCCUUACUAUCCUAUUUAUCAUCAUGGGCUUUGCCUACAACAAACUCUCGGACAACGGCGGCAACGGCCUGCUGGCCAUCUACGUGCUCGCGCAAUUCUUCUUCAACUUCGGCCCGAACAUGACGACGUUCAUCGUCCCCGGCGAGGUGUUCCCGACGCGGUACCGCUCCACCUCGCACGGCAUCUCGGCCGCCUCGGGCAAGAUCGGGUCGAUCAUCGGCCAGGGCGCCAUCUCGACCCUCAAGAGCCGCGGCGCUCCGAAGGGCUCCACUGCGAGCCCUUGGAUGGACCACGUCCUCGAGAUCUAUGCGCUGUUCAUGCUGCUCGGCGUCUUCACGACGUUGUGCAUUCCGGAGACUAAGCGGAAGACCCUCGAGGAGCUGUGCGGCGAGGACGACUCGGCCGUGGCGGCGCCCCGUGCGAUUGUUGCCGACGAGAGUAGUGCUAGCGGCGGCAGCCAUGGCAAAGACGGGCUCUGA